AUGACAGGCCAUGGCUGUUUCGGUCAUUACCUGCACCGUGUCGCGAGGAGGGAACCGACCCCGUCGUGUCAUGAGUGCGGUGCUGUGGAUGACACUGCGCAGCACACCCUCGAGGAGUGUCGCAGGUGGGAUCCUCAGCGUCGCACUCUGGUAGCGGAAAUAGGCGGGGACCUCUCGCUGUCCAGCGUUGUAUUUGCCAUGCUGAGCAGCGAGAGGUCUUGGGAAGCUGUGGUUGACUUUUGCGAAGAAGUUAUCUCGCAGAAGGAGGCCCCGCGGCGGAUGCGUGAAGAAGCUGUAAACGCACAUCCGCUCCGGCGUAGACGGGGCGGAAGGAGACGGCGGGAAUAUGCCGCACGUCUGCUUGCCCUGGGAGGCGGCGGGUAA